AUGAGCCAAACUGAGCCUGAGUCACAUGAUUCUGGAAAAGCGAAGAAUGUCCCUCCUCAACACAUGAUGACCACACCUACUUCUAGCAGCACAACUGUGGGCCUCAGUCAUCAAAGGUCAGAUGUUAACAUCGACCCACAUAUAAAGUCAUACAUUGAUGAAUCAAUCCGAAUAUCAAGCUCUUCAGUUAUAAACUCCAUCAAGCAGUACAUCGACUCUCAGUUUGACAGACAAAGAUCAUGGAAUGAGCAACUUCAAUCAAACAUCGACAACAUGUUUGCUAAGCUUACGCAACCAGACAACAGCAACAGCACUAUUCCCUGCACAUUGACUUCAACCAGCCAAGCAACAUCACGACAGCACCUACAUCAUCCGAAGGACACACCACAACCGCAUACAACAGAACAGGCGAGUCAGGACAUUCAGACUACAGGUAACUAUCCUCCAACUCCUACAUUAAAUAAUCUAAUUAUGGCAACUUCGAGAGUGAGUCUGCAACCACAAAGCCCUAUAGUGACAGCAAACCAGGCACUUCCAGCAUCAGCAUCCACGAAGCUGCCUGUGCUAAAAUCGACAUCAAGAAAAUACCCAUCCAUCAAUUAUGCUCAGUUUAACCAUAUGCAUGAAAUUCAAAGUUUUUCAAACCCACAUGCUGCAAGGACUGAAAGUAUACGAAUUUGGUGGGUUACCAACUGGCAAGAGGGCAAACAGAUCAUUGAAAGCCUCCCGCAUAAGCCCAACAUUUCAACCAAGCUAUGGAAGGUGAUUGCUUUUGGUUCCUAUAUAAACUUACAGGAGUUUUCAUACAAAAACCUCCUUAUUACCAUAAAGGAAACUGAGAAAGAGCCUGUGCUGCAAUCAGCUGAAGGAGGCUCCAUUUCGAUUAAGAGACGCUCACGUCAUGCAGCAUUCUUAGAUAUAUCAGAAUGA